GCAUUCUCACCACCACGCACGACCAUGUCAAUGCUUUCUUCUCACUUUCCUUCUCCUCCUCCUCCUCUUCUUCUUCUUCCUCUUCUGCUACUCAUAUCCUUCGCAACCCCAACGUUUUCCUCCUCCUCCUCCUCCUCCUCCUCCACCCAGGCUUUCAUCUUUGGCGGUUGCUCUCAGGCUAAGUUCACGCCGGGCUCUGCCUAUGAGUCCGCCGUCAACUCCCUUCUCACUUCCAUCAUCAACUCCGCCAUGUUUUCCUCCUACACCAACCUCACCGUCCCUUCCUCCUCCUCCUCACAGGACACCCCCAUCUACGGCCUUUUCCAGUGUCGCGGCGACCUUGCCGCCUCGGACUGCUCCCGCUGUGUUGCCCAGGCCGUCUCCCAGCUUGGCACCAUCUGCCCCGGCUCCACCGGCGGCGCCUUGCAGCUCGACGGCUGUUUCGUUAAGUAUGAUGAUUCUAAGUUCUUGGGCGUGGAGGACAAGACCUUGGUCGUUAAGAAAUGUGGGCCGUCCACUGCGUUUACUUCGGACGUGUUGACUCGGAGAGAUGCUGUGCUGUCGUAUUUGGAGACGUCCGAUGGGGUGUACAAGACGUUUAGAACGACUAGCUCAGGGGAUUUGCAGGGUAUGGCGCAGUGCGUCGGGGAUUUGAGUGCGGCCGAGUGUCAGGAUUGUCUCUCAAAUGCGAUCGGACGGCUAAGAGAAGAGUGUGGGCCUGCCCAGUGGGGUCAGAUAUACUUGGCCAAGUGCUACGCGCGCUACUCCGAAGGUGGAGUUUACUCGCCCAGUGAAAACGGUGAGCGUAAAAACAAGAACGACGAUGAGCUUCAAAAGACACUGGCAAUAAUAGUUGGCCUCAUAGCAGGGGUGGCUCUGCUCAUCAUAUUCAUUUCCUUCUUGACCAAGCUAUUCAAAAAGGAUAAAGGUGGUAAAUGAAGAAGAAAAUCAUGUGGAUAAUUAACACUCCUGCAAUGUUUCCUCUGCUAAUUUAUUUGGUCGUCAUCAUUUUUAGUUCUCAAGUAAAAGAACUCAUCUUUUUUUUUUGUGUGUGUAUUUUGUAGCCUGUGAAGAAGUGACAACGAGAUAUAUAGUUUAUAGUUAUAGAAAUAUGUGUGGUGGAAAAUAAAGAAGAAAGAAAAGAGAGAAAGUUUAUUGGAGAGAGAGAAAGGAAGGAAGAAACAAAGUGUUGUGCUUACCAAUGAAAAAGAGGGUGAAGCAAUAAGGAGGAAAAAGCCCAAAGAUCCAAAAUGCCACUUGUUGAUUUUUCAAUUUUCAAGUGAUGGGUAUAGGCUUUUGAGGGCAUACUUUGGAGGUGAAGCCUUUUCCUCUUCGCUUUUUGCACAUGAAAUGAAAUGAAACCACUUUUCUUAUGCAAAAAGUUAGCUUCAUAUAUAUUGGUGAGAAGGUCUUUUUGUUUUUGGCUUCAAAAAUUAAUUAAAUGCCUCAUUUUGCCACCA